UAUUCUGAAGAUCAAUAUAUGACUAAAAUUAACUUUGAUCACCAAAUUAUCCCAAUAGGUGGGAAAGUAGCAUAGCUUACAAUCGUGAGCUUUGCAAGCUUCAUAUUCUGAUAAGCGGGUAUUUUCUCCACCUCGACAGUCGGUCGAGCUUGCGCAGUUUCUAUCCCAAUAUGGAUUCCCCGAGUCAUGCAUGUCCCUCGCUAAGGGUGAAACGAUUUUAACUGAAUUUCGCGUCCGGGAGUAUUCGCGAACAAUCGCUCGCUCCGAUCGUUUCCAGUUUGCGGCUCGGUAUAGGCCAUCAUCAUAUAGCUAGAACUCGGUAUAAUGUCUGAAGACUAUCAGCACGCUUGCGAGAGGGCAGAAUUACUAGGCUUGCCGAAGCCAAGUGAGGAGGAGUGGAGACAGACGCUGGCGGCGCAGAGUGAAAAUCGUUGCGACGAUGACGACGACGGGGGUGCAUUACAGGACUUGGAUCACGCGGACGAGACGGCCGGACGCGUCGGUGGCGGGUUGGAUGAGCUGAACAGCAUUUUGAGCACCACGCAGAAGAAGAUCAACAGAUUCAAGACAGUUUGCGGCAGUCUAGGAACGUUGCUCAAAGGGAAGGUAAGCUCCCGCGGUAGCACGCCGCAACACAAGUCCGACGAACCAAAUCCUUGCAAACAAGAAGAAAUAGAAUCCGCGCCCGACGAAGUGGUGACGCUGGAGACAUCGGCCGAGGCAUCAGGUGACACCGCCGCGGAUGCUACGAAUAAUCCUGCGAGCGAUGGUAUCCAGCCGAAGCAGCUCGACCUCAGUCAGAAAAUGGGAUCCCACUUGGACAAGCUGGACUCCCUGAUCUCGAAGGCUGAAAAUGCACAAUACAGUAUGCAACAUCAGACAAAACAAAUGCGGAAGUUCCUGAAGUAAUUGGAACCUCCAAAAUAUUGCAUGCGAUUUACAGUUAACGAAAUAGAUUACUAAUCAAUAAACGAAGAUUUAACUUUGCGCAAGAUUGGUUGUUAACUAAAUUAAUUCAUAUCUUCCAUUAUGAAUGUAGAAAAUUCGUAUAAGAAAUAUUUUUCAAAUAUGUUACGUAUGUACGCAAAUUUAUGGAGAAGUUCCGAAGAAUUUCUUGACAUUAACAAUAAAUUUUUCGCCGAUAAAUGUAAGGAAAGAUAUCUGUAACAAUUUAAGAGAGCACAAUAAGUAGUUUUGCAAGCGGCCAGCGCAUAUAAGAAAUUCGCGUAUAAGAAUUCAGAUUUAAAUUAUUAUUGUUACAUUGCGUAUAUAAAGUUUGUUGCAUCAAAUAUUGAUAUUUUUCUCGUGAUGUAUUUUUGUCGAUUGUCGCGAAGCGGAUUUCGCAAAUAAUUGUUAUUGAUUCUUUUAUAUUCGCGCGACGUUAUCUUUGUCGUUGAAAGCUGUUACAUGUGUUAUGAAAUGUAUAUAUCGAUAUACAUAUAUAUAUAUAUAUAUAUAUACAUAUUAUAUACGGAUAUUGUUGACGAAUUUAAUAUUGUUACAUAGAUACGAGUGUAUUUCCGGUAAUUGAACCUUUGUGCUUGGAUCCUUGACAAUAUCGACAUAUCAUACGUAAAAACAUGUUGGCACACGUUGGCGAAACGAGUUAGUGAUAAACUUUCCUACUCAGCAAAUGAUGUGAUAUUAUUUUACAUCGACCUAGAGAUUGUUAACCUACGAUCCGUAUAUAUUUUAUCAUCGAACAGUUUGCGCUCUAUUUUUCUAGGUCUAAGUUCUAAUUGUGUAAUAAUAUAGCAAACGGAUAUAUAUUUUAUUAUCGAAUAGUUUGCUCUAUUCCACCUGUAUUUAAGUUUAACGACGUUACACGAUAAUAUAUACUUCUAGCGAUAGAGGCUAUCUAUAAGUCAAUAUACAUUCGCCGUUUGUUGUUGCAUUACAAUUCAAAGCAGUAAAUUGUAUUAAGUGCCUUGCUUUCAAUUGUGUCUUUAUAUAAGAUGCGAUUAUUCGCGAUUCGAAGAUGUUUGUAACCCGAUUUGCAUAAGAGUAUCUUUUUCGUCUUCCUGUUUUUCGAUGGAACAAGUAUUUUCUUUUACAAAGGUAUUUUCAUAAUGGUAAUUAAUAUCAAAUUGAACGUUUGCUUUAUAUUUUUAGAAAUAGGCAGCAGAAAUGCAUGACGAUGCAAUUGUCAUGCCUUAUGCAAUAUUAUUUAUUAUGCAAUAGCAAUUAAAUUCUACGAUGUAUUACUUACAAAUAACAUUCAUCAAUAGAAGGUUAAGUUUUGUUUUCUAUGUUGCACAUCUAAACUCUCUUUCACUCUAUCUAUACAUACUGCAGAAAUAUAAAUAAUACUGUUUCUUAUAACAACGACAUUGUUUCCUAUCGUGUAGAUAUUUUAAACUAUCUUCGAUUUUAAGCAAUACAUUCCGUCGUGAAUGUAACACGGAACGGAAUUAUUAACGACAUGGUUACUGUUCACGAUGUACGCAAUCUAUUCUCGAAGACAUCGCUGCUGUAACGAUAUUUUGUAAUUAAAUCCUUAAUGCUAUCAUAAAAAAAUAAGCUUUACCUUAAUAUUUGAAACUGCAUGCUAAAAUGUUGUAGGAAAAAUUGUUGAAUUAAAUUUUUAUCAUGA